UGGUGGGGGUUGACAAGCACGUCCAAAGCGAAGGUCAUUAGGUCAAUACAGUAAUUUCACUAUUGAUGCCGAAAACGUCACCUUCAAACAUGCAAACAGCAGUAUUUAAGUUGCACAUGGCCGAGGUGGUUAGCCUCCACUACUUAUGGAGCAGCCACCACCACCAGUACCACCACUAUGCAACAACAACAUUGAAGAUCACGACCUAACGACGACGUCGUCGGAAGCCACCGGAGACCUCAACUGUCAGAAAACCGCCACCUGCUGCACAAGACACCCGGUGUACCGAGGCGUGCGUAAGCGGCGGUGGGGAAAAUGGGUGUCCGAAAUCCGAGAGCCCCGGAAGAAGUCUCGGAUAUGGCUAGGGUCGUUUACGGCACCUGAAAUGGCGGCGCGUGCAUACGACGUUGCAGCGUAUUGUCUCAAAGGACGGAAAGCCCUACUUAACUUUCCGGAUGAGAUAGAGAUGUUGCCAAGGCCCUCUAGCUGUGCUGCUAGAGAUAUUCAGGCGGCGGCGGGAUUGGCGGCCAAGGCAGCUGUGGUGGCGGAAAAGAAGAAGAAGAAGGGGUCGAUGUCGUCGGAGAGUGAUCAGUACGAUGAUGACUUUUGGGGUGAAAUAGAGUUGCCGGAGCUGAUGGAGGGUUGUAAGGAGGGUUGGACGUCGCGGGAAAGUGAUUAUUGGUCUCCGGAUGAAGUUGUGUUGUGUGGCCAGGACCAGGAUUUUAGUAGUUGUGUAGAAAAUAAUAUUGAUGAUAUGUGUGGGCCUGGGGUGUAGAUCCAUCGAUCGAGUUUAAGUUAAUUUGGUGUGAGGUUGGUUAAAUUGGAAUUUGGUCCCUCGUGAUCAAGCUCUGCACUAGUACUUGUACACUUGUACUUGGUUGGUGCAUGGUACCGUCGAGCAUUGCUUGCUAUAUCAAGUCGGAGGCCGGUGUAAAAAAAAGAGAAAAUAAAAGAGAGAUCGAGAGAGAGUUAUUACUGGACUGGAUACUGGAGUACUGUGUUAAUUAAUGCUAGUAGUGAUUAUGUAAAGAAAUCCAUGCAUACUGCUUGUAUAUAUUUUUUAAGGUGAAAAAUUUCAAUUACUGGUAUAUAUUUGUUUUA